AUGGCAGCAUUGGCCUGCUUGGAGUCAGCAUUAGCCGGCCUCCGCCUCUCCCGCCAACACCUCGCACUCCUGCCCCUCACUUCUCGCCGAAACGCCUCCCAUCAAGCCCAAGGGCGUGCAAACGGAGCCAAAGACGGUGCGGGAAAGCGGUUGGGUGCGAAGAAGACGGGUGGAGAGUAUGUAGUGCCGGGCAACAUCUUGUUCAGGCAGAGAGGCACGCAUUGGUUUCCCGGGGAGAAUUGCUUCAUGGGCCGCGACCAUACCAUCCACGCCGGCGCACCCGGCUACGUCCGCUACUACCGUGACCCAACUCGACACCCAAAGCGCAAAUACAUCGGCAUAGCGCUGGAAAAGCACUACGACCUCCCCACUCCUUACAAUGCCGCGAGGCGAAGACUGCUCGGCAUGCUGGCCUACCAGUCGCCGCAAACCGCACCCGAACAAAUCACUAAUAUCAGCGACCUGACAUCCACCGAAGACCCAACAACCAUCCGCCAGCAGCCCAACAGCGCGCGAGAAGCCAUCACCCUCAAACCCACCAAAAGCAACCCCCUCGGCCAGAAGCUGAGCCUGAAACCGGGCUAUCAGUACCGUCUGUCGAACUGGGAAAUUGGCCGCCUCCCCGAACGCCAGGAAGCGGCCGCGCGGGCAAAGGGCAUGACGACGCAGGAACGCCUACCUUCCGGGCGGAGUGCGAAGAGGCCACGAUAUUAA